AUGAAGGCGCCGAGGAGACCGAGGCAGACGCUGCUCCUCCCCCGGCUCUGCGUCUGUGGAGUCGGUCUGCUGGCAGUCACCUGGGUUUUGCAUCUCAAUGAUGUUACCGACUCUUCUGCAACCUCUGUGGGUGUCUUAUCUAAGAAGGAGGUCAAGACACAGAAAGAUGACUACAACCUAUCCACAGUUUCUAAAACUGCCAUCAGCGAGUUUCCUGAAGACGUAUUUACCUUGGAGCAGCGGAGACAGGGAGCGGUCGUCCUCCAUGUGCUCUGUGCAAUCUACAUGUUUCAUGCACUAGCCAUUGUGUGUGAUGUUUAUUUCGUGCCGUCACUGGAAAAAGUCUCUGAGAACCUAAAACUUAGCCAGGAUGUCGCUGGUGCAACCUUCAUGGCCGCUGGUAGCUCUGCCCCUGAGCUUUUCACCUCUUUGAUUGGAGUGUUUAUCACAAAAGGAGACGUAGGCGUGGGCACAAUCGUGGGUUCAGCAGUCUUUAACAUCCUGGUCAUCAUUGGCAUCUGUGGCAUCUUCGCAGGACAGCCAAUUUUGUUGAGCUGGUGGCCUUUGUUUCGCGAUGCUGCCUUCUACAUUUUAUCCAUAAUUUUGCUCAUCGUGGUGAUCUACGAUGAAAAAGUCCAGUGGUGGGAGACCAUUAUACUGAUCUCCAUGUAUGGAAUUUACAUAAUCAUUAUGAAGUAUAACAGCACUCUCUGCAGCCUAGUAGUGAGAUACUGUAGUCCAUCAGGUCAACCAUGUUUGAGCACUUUACGACGGGCAACGGCGGUGGGGAACGCCACAGAGUGUGAUGCCGAUAUUGUGCCGCUAAAGCCAGACUCUUGCGCUGUGGUCGGUCAAGACACGGGGGUGGUGAUGGUGGAUGAGCUGCUUAACCUAUAUCCUCACCAGCUCACGUUCUCAGAGGCAAGCCUCCGUCUUCUCAUGACCUCGCAUUUCCCCCCCUUCACCCGUCUGCGCAUGGCAGGACGCACGGUCAUCAGUGAGAGGCAGAGACUUAUCCGGGCUCAGGUCAUAGCCAAAGAUGGCGCAGCUUCAGCAGAAGAUGGCUGCAGUGGCAGCGGGAGAGAAAACGGAUCGGCGGCUGACACGGACUGUCAGCCUUUGGAUGUGGGGGCAAGGGUAGACAACGAGACUGGGCGACAGGUGGGAAUCGCAGCGCAGGGUAUGGAGGAAGAGGAGGAGGAAGAACAGGAGGGGGAAGAAGAAAUUGCGCCCUUUAGACCCUUCAUCAUUCCAGAUGGCUGGUGUGUGCGUGUGAAGUGGCUUCUCUCCUGGCCAGUGAACCUCAUGCUUCACUGCACCGUGCCUGACUGCAACCUUCCACAGUGGGAACGCUGGUUCUUACUCACCUUCCUGGCCUCCACACUCUGGAUCGCCCUCUUCUCCUACCUCAUGGUCUGGAUGGUAACCAUCAUCAGUUACACACUUGGAAUUCCAGAUGUGAUCAUGGGUAUUACCUUCUUGGCGGCCGGCACUAGCGUACCUGACUGCAUGGCCAGCCUCAUUGUUGCCCGACGAGGCCUGGGUGACAUGGCCGUGUCCAACUCCAUUGGCAGUAAUAUUUUUGAUGUGCUGCUGGGCUUGGGUUUCCCUUGGGCACUGAGGACACUCAUUGUCAGCUAUGGCUCAGUGGUGACAAUCAAUAGCAGGGGCCUGGUGUACUCUGUUAUCCUGCUUUUGGCCUCGGUUACACUCACUGUUCUGUCCGUCCAUCUAAACCGGUGGAAGCUGGACCGCCGGCUGGGCCUCUGGCUCAUGCUGCUCUACAUUAUCUUCCUCCUAUGCUCCAUCAUCUUCGAAAAGCUGUUUUCACUGGAAUGA